CCGAAGGCGCGGCCGCCCCCACCGGGGCGGGGAGAGUCCGCUUCUCCCGCGGGGACCUGGCGACACCCUUGAGGACUCGCGACUGAAGCCGGAGCGACACGUGGCCUCGGGCUAGGAGCCAUGGACGCCUUCAUCCGCUUCACCAACCAGACCCAGGGUCGGGACCGACUCCUCAGAGCCACUCAGUACACAUGCAUGUUGCUUAGAUAUUUGUUAGAGCCUAAAGCUGGCAAAGAGAAGGUGGUACUGAAGCUCAAGAAUCUGGAGUCCAGUGUGAGCACUGGCCGUAAAUGGUUCAGAUUAGGCAACGUGGUACAUGCUGUGCAGGCGACUCAGCAGAGCGUUCAUGCCGCUGACCUGGUGCUGCGCUUAUGCCUGACGUUAGCCAACAUGAACCGUGUGAUUUGUUUCAUCUGCGAUACCGUCCUCUGGGUGAGGAGCGUAGGGCUGGCCUCUGGCAUUAACAAAGAGAAAUGGCGAGUGUGGGCUGCCCGCCAUUACUACUAUUCUCUCCUGCUGAGCCUGGCCAGGGACCUGUACGAAAUCUCCCUACAGAUGGAACAGGCAAAGAGAGAGAAGUCAGCGUCUCAGGAGCCUCUUGGGUACAGCGUGGCUGACGAGGAAACAGAAUGGCUCCAGUCCUUUCUCCUUCUCUUAUUCCGGUCUCUGAAGAAUCAUCCUCCCUUGCUCCUGGACACAGUGAAGAACGUCUGCGAUAUCUUGAACCCCUUGGACCAGUUGGGGAUCCAUAAGUUCAACCCUGGCAUCAUUGGACUUGGAGGCCUUGUGUCCUCCCUAGCAGGCAUCGUCAUCGUGGCGUGUCCUCAGAUGAAGCUGAAGAUACACUGAGUGCGUUCCAGCGGAAGACCGGUGCCUACUUUAGAGACGGCGUCUUCGGAUGGACGUUUGCGUGAGGCACAGACCACAUCACGCUGCGCUUAAAGACUUGUUUGUGUGAGCAGUUAGCAACCAGCGGUGCGAGGAGAAGUGGGGCCGAGAAUGGAGAAUGGGGGCAUGUGAAAAUUUCUGUGUGGUUUUUAGAGGGCUGGAGUGACUUCUGAAUUUCUGAGUAUCUUCCUUUCAUCUAACAUUUAUUGAACAUAUCUUGCACUCAUCGUGGGAGCUUACUGGUUGCUGCAUGUAUAAAAAUUAAAAAAGGCCCAAGCAGUUGAACAUUAAUAUACGGCGACCUUUGGGUUGAGCGCCCCGCUGCUUUUGCACAACUACUGUAGGUCUGAUCCCCGGCCCUGUCUCAGACCUAGUAGAGGCCUCUUAUUCCUCUGACCAGAUACCACCCGCCCACCCCGCUUCUCCCUGGAGGCCCAUGCCAAGGUGCAGGGGGCCUGGGCCUACAGCCUUUCAUCAUGGCGGUCCCGUUCUUCCUCUGUCCAGAAGUAGAAUCAGAAACGUAUUGGGCACCUUCAUGGUAGCCGUGGUGACUUUAGGUAGCGUGGUGAGAAGCAGAAAUCCGAAGCACAUGGGAAGGACUGAGGUGUACAGGGUAUGGGAGGUCUCAACAGGUGCCUGUGGGUAGCCUGCGGCAGAUGAGGAAACAGGUUAAAAAAACAGGCCAGCUCCUCAUUCCUCUGACUCCCAAUCCAGUGUUCUUUCGAGGAUAGUUUGUUGGCUUCCUGAUUGAGUGGUGGUGUGAGACUCCAGAAUCCUGUGCGAAAAGCCUUUUUUAGAACUUAGUGGUUUAUAUAAAAAUUAAACUGUAUCUAGAUUCAUCAGCUAGAUGUUUUAUUUAAAGCCAUAUAAUAGUUUGGGCACCACUACAUUAAUUUUCAUCGAAAGUCAUGCAGUUAAGAAAUUUCAUGACCACUCUGAAUGGAGGAGUGUCCAUUUUCUAUGACAAAUCAGACUUCGUACGUGUGGAGUGGUCGGGGGAGCGUAAAAGAGCAAUAAGGGGCCAGGAAAAGGCCAUCUAUUCAUGGUCCUGCUUCCCGUCUUGGGUGUUGAGUUAUUUGUGAUUGCAGAUCCUCUGAUUUGAGGGAAAGGAAGCAGAAAAAUAGGAUGCCAUCAGCCAGGAGGCCAAUGUCAGCCCUAUCAGUAAAGCCGUUUCACUUGCCUGAAUGGAAAUGAGAAAAGAAAUGUGCACUAAAUAUAUUUCCCAUAAAUGUGAUUGCGAUUCUUAAAAAGCAGACUCAGGUGCUUGGCUCUCUUAUUUUUAAAGUAAUUAAUCAUGACAACAGGAUUUGAGAAAAUACCUCGGGAAUUUUACAUGAAAUGAAAGCUGCUAGGUCAGCGCAAGUAAAAAGUUAAAGCAACUAAUUUUACUUUGUCCAGAUCCUCUACUGUCGUAGAUUAAUUAUGUCGAAUAAAUUUCUAGACAAAAGAGACUCCAGUAUCUGGGAAUGUGUUCUGGGAAUGAGGAAGAGCUAAAGGAAGGGCGAUGCAGAGAUGAUCGGAGUAUACACAGUUGGUAGAGAAUGCUCUGGUAAAACGAGCUCUCGCCUGGAAGAUCCAAGCUGAGGGGGAGGAUGAAGAAAGAUUUAGAUUGGAACGUCUGGGUUGAAAGAGACCUGCAAGAGGAUUUCAUCCAGGACAGGGGCUUCUGUGUCAGCUCUGUCAGGUGGCGCUUUGGCUUCUGCCUGGAGAAGUUGGCCUCGGAUCUGUAGUGGCGUGUUACGGUGGCGUCCAUCUUGGUACUUUUUUUGUCCUGUGCAAUUUCGGGUGGGUGAUGGGGAGUUUGGGGAAUACCACCUCUUGUAGAAUUUGUGAAAACCUUAAUGGUACCCUGGUCCCUCCCUCCCUGUGCAUCUUUCUCAUUUCUAACAGACCCUCCCCACCUCCAAGCCUCCACAUUCAUGAAGGAUUUUAAAAACCAGAGAUGUUCCUAAUAGAUGUACAGGUCAGCACAUUCACAACUGAACAUCGUUCCCUGAGAAUUUACUCAGCAACAAAUAUUUGAAUGCCAUGCUCAGCGGUGGGAUCCACUUGUGCACAGGGGGACCAAGGUCCCUAUGCUCCUGUGGGAAGGUGAGGGGGAGGGGAGGAAAGAAGAUAACAGUGUUCUUCAAGCUGUGGCUGGAAGACAGACUGCUCCCAGGGGACUGCCCUAGGCCCUUUCACUGCUUCUCACCUCUCGCCCACAUUCCGGAUUCCCAGCUGAAGCUGCCAAAGGACCAGCUUUGUCAGCAGAGCUUUCUGGCACAGAGCCCUAUACACUCUCUGGCCCAGAGCCAUUACUCCAAAGGCUUGGAACCGCCCUUUGGCCCAGUUUGCUCUCCAGACACAGCCUCUUGGAUAAUUUGUCCUGAACCUUGAAGCGAGGACAGAGGCUCCUUUUUUAGAUGCUUCCU